GCGUUGCCGGAAGCCGGGUGGGAGGCGCCGGGAGCCCGCGGGGCGCGCACAAAGCGGCCGCUGCCCCCGGAGCCGCGCGCGUCCAGGACCGGCGGGUGACGCGCCGGCGCGUGCGGAGCGGCCGGGACCACCCCGCACCGGGAGGCGACCCCGGGGACCCGCCCGCACCAUGACCGAGACCACCAAGACGCACGUGAUCCUGCUGGCCUGCGGCAGCUUCAACCCCAUAACCAAGGGCCACAUUCACAUGUUUGAGCGAGCCAGGGAUUAUCUGCACAAGACGGGACGCUUUAUCGUCAUCGGCGGAAUCGUAUCCCCGGUACACGACUCCUAUGGCAAGCAGGGCCUGGUAUCCAGCAAGCACCGCCUCAUCAUGUGUCAACUGGCCGUUCAGAACUCGGACUGGAUCAGGGUGGACCCCUGGGAGUGUUACCAGGACACCUGGCAGACCACGUGCAGCGUCCUUGAGCACCACCGCGACCUCAUGAAGCGGGUGACCGGCUGCAUCCUCUCCAACGUCAACACCCCCUCCGUGACGCCCGUGAUCGGACAGCCCCCCAACGAGAGCCCCCAGACCAUCUACCAGAACGGCAGCACACCCACCAAGCCCACCGCAGCCAAGAUCCUGGGGAAGGUGGGAGAGAGCUUGAGCCGUAUCUGCUGCGUGCGACCCCCCGUUGAACGUUUCACCUUCGUGGACGAGAACGCAAACCUGGGCACAGUCAUGCGGUAUGAGGAGAUCGAGCUGCGGAUCCUGCUGCUGUGUGGGAGUGACCUGCUCGAGUCCUUCUGCAUCCCCGGGCUCUGGAACGAGGCCGACAUGGAGGUGAUCGUAGGGGACUUCGGGAUCGUGGUGGUGCCCCGGGACGCCGCCGACACAGAUCGCAUUAUGAACCACUCCUCGAUCCUCCGCAAAUACAAAAACAACAUCAUGGUGGUGAAGGACGACAUCAACCACCCCAUGUCCGUGGUCAGCUCGACCAAGAGCAGGCUGGCCCUGCAGCACGGGGACGGCCACGUGGUGGACUACCUGGCCCAGCCGGUCAUCGACUACAUCCUGCAAAGCCAGCUCUACAUCAACGCCUCGGGCUAG